UGCGCCGCGCAGCGCGGCCCCCAGCCGCCGCCGCCUCCGCUGCCCGACGCGAAGAAGCCCAUCGAGCUCGACCUGUCGGCUGUGCAUUCGAAGCGACGCAUGCAGCGCAAGCGGUCGGUGGUGACGGACGAGGCGAGCGCGCAACAGCCGACUGAGGAGACGGACAUGGAAGUGGUGGCGUACAGCACGGCCGAGGAGUACUCGCUGGAGGGCCUGGUGCGCGGUCUGCAGGAGCAGAACCUCUACCACCCGUCGGCCAUGUCCGAAGACGUGCACGACGUGCUGCACGUGGCGGCGCGCUACACGCUGGGCGCCGAGCCGCGCGAGAUCUACCUGUUCCGCGAGGGCACCGUCGUCUUCUGGAACGUUCCCGAGCUGGAGCGGCGCAGCGUGCUCGACUUCCUGCGCCAGUUUGAGGAGGGCAGCUACGACUCGGCCACGGUGGAGGAGGAGUCGGACAGCAUGCCGUACUCCUACACGGAGGUGUUUAACAAAACGCGUCUGGUGAACGGCCGCAUUCUGCUCAACAUGGAGGGCUCCACUGACCUGGAGAAGUACGCCUUCUCCAACGCCAUGGCGCUCUCGGUCAAGCUGGGCAUCUGGGAGUCGGCGCUGGAGACGUACAUCGACAGCAUCAAGCACGUGACCGAGGAGCUGAGGAAGGGCGGCCGGAUCAUCAUGAAGAAGGAGGAGGUGUUGAAGAAGAACGGCGAGCUGUUCGGUCUGCGCCAUCUGAUCAACCUCAGCUCCGACUGUCUGGACACGCCCGACUUUUACUGGGACAAGGACAACCUGGAGAGCCUCUAUCAGAAGACGUGCAACCACCUGAACAUCGCCAAGCGAACCAGGGUGAUGAACGAGAAGCUGAACCACUGCGUGGAGCUGGCCGACCUGCUCACCUCCAACCUGCAAGACCAGCACCAUGUCCGGCUGGAGUGGAUGAUCAUCGCGCUCAUUAUGGUGGAGGUGGGCUUCGAAGUGGUGCACUUCCUCGAGCGGUAUACCUAAGGGGGCCCACCCCGGACGGCGCCUGCGACGCCGGCGGCGGCCCGGAUGGACUCGUCAAGGACGCCCGGACCUCACGACUAUCGAUGCCAAGCUGUGGACCUUCCGCCCAGUGUGCGGAAGAGGGAGGGGGCGGGGGCUGAUGUGCUCGAUGCGUGCGGUCUGAUGAUGGCUCAGUGUGCUGUGCUGUAGCGAAAAGCCGUCUCCGCAUGGCUCCCUUUGAAGGGAGGCGCCGUGGUGGUUGCGAUGUCACGCCCGCCCCUGCCAUUUGAUGAAGGGUGCUGUAUCUAUCCCACUUUUCAUCGAAGCGUAUGUGAUUUCCGUCCUGGACAUAUCAAGCACAGCUUGUGUAUUGCCAGUGCACCCGUCGGGCCGAAUCGUUUGCGUGUCAACUGUGAUAAAUUCAAAGUCGGUUUUGUGAGACCCUGUUAGAGGAACGUUUUCAUCUUUUCCGGAUAUUCGGGAGUCAGACAUAAGCGCAUCGUGCCAGCUGCCGCGGCUCAAAAAGACAUCUCUGAGGAAGAUGGGGAGAUAUAUAGGUUCGGGGUGCCAGAACAUGGUUGAUGCGUGUGCCGUGCUGUCGUUUUCAUGUUCACUGGAGAUCUGUGACGUCAUGUGACGUCACACCAGCUACCCACUGAUGUGCGCACGUGUCCUGCGGACCGGCUGGCAGUCCCGGCAGCCUUCAAACUGUCAGUCGUGUGCCGCCAAUCCGCCGCCGCCUACUGCAGCGACUGGCGAUUGGUUGUGGCCUGACGUCACCCCGACGUCAUCGGGGGCCGGGGGCGGGCCCCUGGCGCUGUGACGGGCUUGGUCAGAGCGGAGUCCGACCGCCCUGCGGGUCACGAUUUAGGGCGUGUCUUGCCGUCGGGCGUGUACACCCGCGAUGUGUGGACAAGCCACGCGCGUGGCGACAUGGCGUGUUUGUGGUGAUCGGGGUGCCUCGUUUUGUUGGGGUCUACAGUUUGAGUCAAGUGCUGAUCUUUAGUCGACACGCCACCCCACGGCCUGUUUUUGUAUGGGUGGCAGUGGGGGGGUGGCAAUACGUUUUCUAGUGAAAUAUCGUCGAAUAAAUCCAGUAUCGAUGUA